AUGAGAGAAGUUAUUUCACUUCACGUCGGUCAAGCUGGUGUCCAGAUUGGUAAUGCCUGUUGGGAAUUGUAUUGUCAUGAGCAUGGCAUCCAACCUGAUGGACGUUUCCCUGAAGGUACCCAUGUCGAUGAUCAUCACUUCUUCUCUGAGACUGAAGGUGGUAAGCACGUUCCUCUAAUUGAUGAGGUGCGUACUGGUGCUUAUCGUCACACUUCCAUCCUGGUAAAACAAUUGAUCAGUGGCAAGGAAGAUGCUGCAAACAAUUAUGCUCGUGGUCAUUACACUGUUGGUAAAGAAAUGGUUGAUAAUGUAUUGGACCGUAUUCGUAAGUUAGCCGAUAACUGUUCUGGUCUUCAAGGUUUCCUUGUUUUCCAUUCAUUCGGUGGUGGUACUGGUUCUGGUUUGGUUCUUUUGAUGGAACGUCUUUCAGUGGAUUACGGUAAGAAGUCCAAGCUUGAGUUCUCUGUCUACCCUGCACCUCAAUUAUCUACCUCUGUUGUUGAGCCUUAUAAUUCUAUCUUGACCACCCAUACAACUCUUGAACAUUCCGAUGUCUCCUUCAUGGUUGAUAACGAAGCUAUUUAUGAUAUCUGUCGUCGUAAUUUGGAUAUUGAACGUCCUACUUACUCCAACUUAAAUCGUUUGAUUGCUCAAGUUGUUUCUUCUAUUACUGCUUCUCUUCGUUUCGAUGGUUCUCUUAACGUUGAUUUGAAUGAAUUCCAAACCAAUUUGGCUUAUCAUGAACAAAUGUCAGUUCCCGAAAUCACCUAUUCUUGUUUCGAACCCAACAAUCAAAUGGUCAAGUGUGAUCCCCGUAACGGUAAAUAUAUGGCAUGUUGUUUGUUGUAUCGUGGUGAUGUUGUUCCCAAGGAUACCAAUGCUGCUAUCUCUGCUAUUAAGACCAAGCGUACCAUUCAAUUCGUCGAUUGGUGUCCUACUGGUUUCAAGGUUGGUAUUAAUAACCAACCUCCUACAAUUGUCCCUGGUGGUGAUUUAGCUCAAGUGCAACGUGCUGUCUGUAUGUUAUCUAACACUACUGCCAUUGCUGAAGCAUGGGCUCGUCUUGAUCAUAAGUUCGAUUUAAUGUACGCUAAGCGUGCUUUCGUUCAUUGGUAUGUCGGUGAAGGUAUGGAAGAGAUGGAAGAGAAUGAAGAAUACUAGAUAUUUUUUUUGUUUUUUUGUAUAUAUUUUAUUUAUUAACCCCCAACAACAACACACACAUAACACACACAUUUAAUUCCAAAAACAUUUUUUAUUUUCAUAUAAUAAAUUAACAAAAAAUAGCCACAAAA